AUGCUUCUUCCACGACGACUCGCAACGAUUUUCAUCAUUGUAGUGCUGUUGGAUCCUAGCCAAAUCGAAAGUGAAGGACAUCGGAGAACUCGAGAUCACAAUGAUGGAGACUUCCUGAUAGACAUACCACGGAAGGAAGCUCGACUCAACAGAGAAGACAAGCUUACGAACAACGCAGAUGACCCUCUUGAGCAUGCUCGACAACGCCACCUACACGAACGACAUGUAAAGGAGAAAUCAGUUAUACAUCAUGCUAAGGAGCCAGGCCAGGAAAUUGAAGAACAUGACUCUAGUGGUAUAGAAGAUGACAGGGGUAACGAUAGAGAUAAGGAAAAUCGUGUUGAGGUGUCGGGCAGUCGUUUGGAAGACGAUGAGGGGGAGGGAAUAGGUCGUUCGGGCGAUGAGAGCCACGCUGAUGUUCAAGAAAUUAAUCAUCCCACCCAUCAAAUUCAUUCGCGGAAAGAUUCUAAAUUGAAAGUUGGCAAGCGUCUUGAUCAACACAAGGAUGAAGGCGAUGACUUCGGUUACAUCACAGAUGAAAAGGAUACUAAUUCUGAAAGAGAUGACGAGGCAUCUCGUUCUGGGGAACGACACCACCACGUAAAAAAGAACAUCGCGGGAGAAGGGGACAGGGUUGAACAAUCUGGAAAAGAGGAGAUUUACGAGGGAAGUAAUUUGCAAACAAGCAGUGAAUGGGGGGAAGGAGAGGCAAGCCUUCUCUCUCCAGACGAGGAAGAUUCAUCUGGAGCCAGAGACCUACCGGAGGUGGAUGAUAGUGAUGAAAUACCAGAAGAGGAAAACGAUGGCAAAGAAAGCGAGCGAAGUGGCGAAGAAUACAUCGAAGAAUUCAAAGGUGAAGAUCAAGAUUCUAAAGCAAAGAAAGUUGGUCUAAAAAGCGCAAAGGACAAGAUUAAAUUGGAAUUGGAAAAAAGUAGUGAGGGUCCAGAUUCGAAAAGAAAAGGGAAAAAGACUCGCAGUAAAAACAACAACGUAAAAAAACCACUUAAGACCACUAUAGGCGGGGAAAAGAAAAUUGAACAGAUACGCAAACCUUUGGCGGGUAAAAAGGGAAGUAUUUCAGCCCAAAAAACCUUUUCGGAGAACCAUCGGAAGCUCAAAGUUCAUGCAGGAAUCGAUCCCUCUCAAGAAAAGUACAAGUUCUUCCCUCGUGGAAAAACCAACAAAAAGACCAAAUCCAGACCAUCAAAUGCUUACAGAGACCGUCAAAAGCGGAAAACCAGAAGAGAUGGAUCAAAAUUACGACCCACUGGAGGACUCCUUAGAGCAAAUGACUUCUACAUUGAUGAAAUCAACGAACCCAUAGAGAAAUUGAUUCCUUUGGAAACAGACGAGGGAAAUAGUGAUGGUGAAUUUGCCGGUGGAGACAAUAAAAACCUCAAGAAACGCGCAGAAGAUGGCUACGGUCAAAAGUUUAGAAGGGGGAACUCCAGACGCCUGCUGCAAUUUAAUAACGAAAGUGAUAAUUCAGAGCCUCGUCCAGCGCUUCCCAUCGAUUGUAUUCAUCCUCUUCUCCUCGAUGCAAUAAAAGAAAAUACAAUUAUCUACAUCAGAGCUGAAUGCCGCCUAUGCCACUGUAAGCUGGGUCAGUUCGUCUGCAACCGUAAGCCGGAUAAUUGUGAUGUGAACCCCAGAAAGCCUUGCACUAUGGCGAAUGGACAACUGGUAGACGGAGAAAGGCAUUUUGAUGGCUGCAAUAACUGCAUAUGUCGAAAUGGAGAGUUGUUGUGUACGCGUCUUCGGUGUUUUUCCUCGGAUUACAACUACAUCAAUUACCAGAUGCUUUUUGGUAAACAAUACACCCCAGGGGACCCUCAAAAAGCGAUGAUGAAUGAAAGGCUCGUCAGAGGCAAGGACCCGUGUAUGGAAUGCGAUGAUGAACCUGUAGCACCUGUCUGUGGACCCAACUGGAAAACGUACCGUUCAAUGUGUCAUGCUCUAAGAUGCGGCGGGUUUACAGUGGAUGAUGUGAAAGGAGGAAAGUGCGGAGGCUUGUCCGCUUGCAUUGACGUCAAGUGCGGAGAGCAUCAGAUUUGUGUCGCUGACAAAAGAGGUCCUUGUCUAACGAAUACCGACAGAGACGGCAACAGUAUCGAAUGUCCACAACAUCAGUGUGUCUCUACCAGAGUGAACUGCAGUGCAGCACCGAAGGAAGUCAUAUGUGGUGAGGACCAAGAGACUUAUACGAACAGGUGCACUAUGUUCACCAGUGGUAUUUCCCUGGCUUAUUACGGACAGUGUAAAUUGGAGUGUUAUGUGGAUGACGAGAAGAUGUGCGGUGUGAAUGGCGUGACCUUCAAGAGCAUCUGUCACGCUGCUGUCCACAACAACUACGUAGAUUACCCUGGAAUGUGUGACGACGUUGAUCCGAAGUACAACAUCGAUUUCAACAAGAGACUUUUCCAUGAAUAUGUGAAUCCCCGUUGUAAAACUGUUGAGGUAAUUGGUAAAUGUGCUCCAGUGGACUGUCAGAAUUAUGUCAUUCCUGAAGGAAGCUGUUGUCCCGUGUGCGGAACUGCUGUGAGCAUUCGACUGGAUACUGCAGUGCGGGAUAUGGCCGUGAACGACAAAGUACAACCACUAAAAGAUCUCAACCGGGUCGACCCCAUCUUUCUCGAGCUGAAAAAUCUGUCUGACCGGUUUGGUGGGUUUGACAAGUGCCAGCUGACCGCAGAUCUCGUGGACACCCACGACAUCUCAGUGGUGUUUAAACCAAUCAAAACACAGGAUUUGGACGCAUGCAAGCAGGUGGCAGAGAUAAUCGUCGCUUUCAUCAAUUCUCCCGCAAAAAGUGAACUGGAGCCCACCAAAGCGAUGCUUGCAGUCGCGAUCCUGAAGGAUCGCUCACGGACAUUUUUACCCAGAGCCGAAUAUCUGAUGGCGAAACGGAGGAAAAAACGAAGUGAACAUCAUGAACACGAACCAUUUUAUUACGAGUAUGAUGAUGAUGAUUAUUAUACGUACGAGUUUAGUGAAGGAAAUCGGAAACGUAUUCAACUUAACCUUCUCUUCCUGACGUUUUCCAGUUUUUUCUGCUCAACAAACUUAAUCUUUAAUUGUAACCUGAUUUAAUCCGAAUGUCUACGAACGCUUAACGUAACUUAUAUCUU